AUGGCAGCACCAAAAAAGGUGAGGCGUGUUCUGGAUGACAAUCUUUUGGAACAGAUACUCGAUUCUGACAAUGAAUUGUCCGAUUAUGUAUCUUCUAACGAUGAUGAUGAACCUUAUGCCCAGAAUGCUUCCAAUUUAGAUGCAACAAGUCAGAGUGGAGAUGAUAUGCCUGACAAUGCAAGCUCUGACAGUGGCAGUGAUGGUAGUAUCGGGCAUGUGUUAGGUGGUCGCCGUGGCAACCAAGUUCAAGCGCGGGUAAUUCAAAAUCAACCUGCUUGGACAGAAAAUGGACAGCGUCGUGACAGGUUUCAGUUUACUGCUGUACCAGGGUUGAAGGCUAAUGUUGCCGAUAAGGAUGAUCAAGUGCAGUACUUUGAACUGUUUUUUGAUGAUGACAUUUUAGCAGUUAUUGUGGAGCAGACCAACCUCUAUGCUGCACAGUUCAUUGAUGAGCGCAGAGGUCAGGAGAAACGUAGGUCACGUUAUAAACAAUGGCAGGACACAAACUCUGAUGAAAUACGGGUUUUACUGGCUCUCCUUUUUCUACAAGGGAUUAUUCAGAAGCCAGAUAACCAGAUGUACUUCAGCAAGCGGCAAUCCAUUGCAACGCCAUUCUUCAGCGAUAUAAUGCUAUGUGAUUGCUUCCUUCUGUUGUGCAAAUUUUUACACUUUGCAGACAACACCAUGAUGGAUCCUGGCAUUCCAAAUGUGUCCAGGAAGCUCUACAAGCUGUACCCUAUCCUAAACCAUCUGCGCCAGAAAUUCAAGUCUGUGUACCAGCCAGAGCAGGAGAUUGCAAUAGAUGAAUCGCUCAUGAUGUGGAAAGGCCGCCUUGGCUGGAAACAGUACAUUCCAUCAAAGCGAGCACGCUUUGGCAUCAAGUCCUACGAGUUGUGCGAAUCCCAAUCUGGCUAUAUUUGGGAUUUCUUCAUCUACACCGGGCAAGACACCGAAUACCGUUCUGAGUACCGUGAUAACCCAUCAAUGGGAGCCAAGGUCGUCCUCUCGCUUGCACAUCCUCUCCUCGAUCAAGGAUAUGGGAUAAACAUGGACAACUUCUUCAGUUCUCCAGUCCUGUUUGACUUCCUGUGUCAGCAUGAAACAGAUGCUGUAGGUACAAUCAGAUCCAACAGAAAAGGCCUACCUGUCCAGAUGAAGCAGAAGCGGUUGAAAAAGGGGGAAAGUUGUGAAUACUACCGUGGUAAGUUGAUGGCUCUCAAAUGGAGAGAUAAGAAAGAUGUCCAUAUGCUCUCCACUUACCACAAUGGUACCAAAGUAGAUGUUAGACAGAGAGGGGAUAAGGUGGCGUCGAAACCCCAAGUCUGCCUUACCUACAACGAUACAAUGGGUGGCGUUGACCUGAGUGAUGCCUAUCUGGUGUGCUAUCCCUCAGUCAGGAAGAGGCUCAAAAAGUACUACCAGAAGCAAUUCAGACAUCUAGUAGACAUGUCUGCUCUCAACGCCUACUUGCUGUACAAGAAACAGGGGGGAAAGAUGGACAGGCUGACCUUUCAGUUGGAUCUGAUUGAGGGCAUUCUGGCAAAGUACAAGCAAGGGGCACCUGCCAAGCCUAGACGAGGUAGACCUCCUCAUGGUGAAAUGCCGCAGCGACUAAGUGAGCGUCACUUCCCCAGUCACAUUCCUCCCACUCCCAAGAAAGACAAACCUACACGUAGGUGUGUUGUUUGUCAAUCUAGGAAGAAGAGGGAGGAGUCAAGUUACUACUGCAGAAAGUGUGACAAAGCCUUGUGUGCUGCCCCUUGCUUUGAGCUUUACCACACUUUGGUGAGGUACAACACUGACAUUCUGCCGAAUCCAGCGGAUGAAUCGGAUGGGUCAGGUGACAUGGAUGUGUCAGAUCAGGAUGACUAG